AUGAUUAAGAAAAAGAAAUAUGAUAGAGGGAAAAAUAACAAUAGAGAUUUAGAAAAUAUAAAGAACAAAUUGGAAGAUUUGAAAAGUAAAACUGAAGUAACAGAUGAAAAAAUAGACAUUGUAAAGAAAAAUGUAGAUCCGUUUAAUGAUUUGAAAAUCCAUAUUUUAAAUGUACUGGAUGAAACACGAAAAUACAUAAGAGAAAAGGAAAGUAUUCAAAAUAUUCAUGGGAAUAAUAUCGAAGUAAUAAAAAGAGGUAAUAUUAUAUAUAAUAACAUAAAGAACUUAGACACAUAUUUUAUAAAAUUAGAAGAAAUAUUAACGAAACAAUUAAAGCAAAAGUAUUUGUUUAGCAAAGAAGAACUACUGGAUAAAAGCCAGUCUUGCGAUUUAUUAAAAAAGCAAAUUUACGAAUGUAAAAAAUUAAGUAAUUUUGAUCACAUUAAAGAAACCUGUGCAAUAAAUUUUGAUGAUUUUAAAAACAAGCCACAAAUUGAUAGAAAAGAAACUAGUAAUAUCAAGCAUGAAGAAGAUGAUUUAAUUAUAAUAAACAGAUGGAAGAAAAGAGAUGAAAAAUUUAAUGAAGAGAUCUUAAAAAUAGGUGAAGUUAUCGACAUAAUAGGAGCGAAUGCCGAUUUUAUAACACAAAAAGCUGAAGAACAGAACGAAAUAAUUUUAAAUUUACAAGAUCAGACAGAUAAAACACAAGAUAAUGUUAAAGAAAUAAAUGUAGAAAUUAAAAAAGUAAUGAGAAAGCAUUCACACACCACCUGGUGUUGCAGAAUUUCAUUAGUUAUUAUUUUUAUCAUGUUAGUAUUAAUAACUUCCUCGGUUAUAUCGAAUAAGUUUAUAAAAAAUUUAUGA